AAUCUUUAAGGUGGACAGUUUAAACUGAUAGCGGAUUUUUAGAUAACGCAAAAUGACAGCGAUACGACCUUUGAGCGAUGAACUGCAAAAAGUUGCAAUAGAAGAGCUUAACGAAGGGCCUGAACGCUUGCAACGGGACAUAGCUGCGCUACGCGAAUGGAUCGAGAAACAACCGCAUUUGCGUGCACGCACCGACGAUCAAUUUUUAGUGAGCUUCCUACGCGGCUGCAAACACAGUUUGGAGAAGGCCAAAUCGAAAAUUGAUCACUUCUAUACGAUACGCGCUAUGUUGCCGCAUGUGUUUGUGAAUAAUACAAUGGCGAAUGCAAAGAAUUUGAUGAUCGCGCGAUCAGGUGGCCUUCUAGUCUUACCAAAAACAUUGGAAAUUGGCGGUCCCGUCAUUGGAUUUUCACGCUAUAAAAUAUUAUUUGAUUUACCGAUUACAGCAAGGGAUCUCCAUCGCUUUACAAUUAUGUGCGCGGAUAUGGCAAUUGUUGCCACAGACGAGUUCGUAAUAGGUGGUUAUAUGGAAAUAGUUGAUGUCGAUAAGCUCGGUGUGGGCGCCAUGUCGAGAGUGGAUCCUGUACUCGCUAAACAACUCACCACCUAUUGCGAAAAAGGUUCGGCUAUACGUAUCAAGGGUAUACAUGUUAUAAAUGUGCCCAAGGAAGGCUUGGCAGCAAUAAAUAUUAUACGAAAUCUUUUUCCAGUGAGCUUAAAGGAAAGGUUCUUCGUGCACCGUAACGUGAAGGAACUGUGCAAACAUAUCCCCAAGGAGUAUCUUCCAAUCGAAUAUGGUGGUACAAAUGGUUGCUUAGUAGAUUUGGCUAAAUAUUAUGAAAAGCUUUUGGUAGAUUUUAAUUCUUAUUUCGAGGAUAAUGAUAACUAUGGUGUAGAUGAGAAUUUGAGGACGGGGAAAAUAGUCAAUAUGAAUUCCAUAUUCGGACUGGAAGGUAGCUUUCGAAAGCUGGAAUUUGAUUAGCGAAUUGAGUGAAAAUUUUGAAAUAAAC